UCGGAACCAUCCCUCUUAACUCUAAUUCUUUCUUCUUCUUCUCCGGUGCUGCUUCGUUGUCGUUUACUCUCUUUUUUUUCUUUUCCGUUGACGGAGGUAUUAUAUAUCUGCUGCGGCGGAGUUUUCUCGGCGGCCAAUGUGGUCUGAGUGAUGAGAAUAAAACCCUAAUUUCAGGGAUUAGAGAAGUGUGUGACCAAAAAAAAAAAAAUAACAAUUUGGAGCAAUGAGCGGAGAGAGAGCACAAGAAGACCUUGCUGCUUCGUCUUCGGGAUGUUCAGAGUCCUACGAGUUUAGCCACGCUGCCGCUAAAGCUGCAGUAGCUCAAGUCUGCGAGAGCGUCGGUUACGAGCAUUUCAAAGAUCCAGCUCUCGAAUCUCUAGCUGGAUUCGCACUCCAGUACAUUCUUCAGCUAGGUAAAACCGCUAUUUCCUUUGCUAAUCUAACCGGUAGGAGUCAGUGUAACGUGUUCGAUAUCAUUCUCGCUUUGGAAGAUUUGACUGGGGAUGGCGAUGACGACGGAGGAGGAGUCUCGUCUGAGAGUUGUUCGUUAGGUCGUUCGGUUAAACUUAAGGGAAUUGUCGAUUUCGUGAAUUCGAGUGAAGAGAUGCCUUUUUCACAGCCAUUGCCUCGUUUCCCUGUAGCUAUAAGUAAGAAGAAGAUGAUGAUUCCAAGCUUUGUUGAAAUUGGUGAAACUCCACCUGGGAAUCAUAUCCCUCUUUGGUUACCAGCUUUUCCUGAUCCUCAUACUUAUAAGGAAACACCUAUGUGGAUUGAAAGGGCAUCAGAUCCCAGGGGUGAUAAGAUUGAACAAGCCAGGCAGAGGCGUAAAGCCGAGAGAGCUUUGCUGAGUUUGCAGAGGAAACUCGUCUGUAAAAUCUCCUCAGGGACUCGUGUGUGGGGAGAUAUGGAUGGUGUUAAUGAAGAUGAAGGUGAGCUGCGUUCUGUGCCCCCUUCUAUAUCUGGGGAGAAAGUUGAAUCAUUGAAUAGAGAUGGCUUAUCAGUGGUAGAGGCAUUUGCUCCUGCCAUGGAGGCUGCAAGAGAUGGGUUUUGCAGUGAAGUUGACACUGAAUGGAACAAGAAGAAAAAACCUGAUGCUCUUUCUAAGCUCAGGACCGAGAAGAAAUUUCUUGGGGAGCCGUUGGAUUUAAGUCUAAAGAUGAAGGGUGAAGAUAGACCCUUAUCCUUUGUGCGUGAGGAGGAUAGAGAUGACAAAAGAAGGAGAGCUGAGUUCAUUUUGAGACAGUGCAUGGAGAACCCAGUGGACCUCAAUCAGUUGUAAAAUUAGUUAUUCAAUUACAGUCUGUGUAGCGUAGUUUUUAAAAGUUGUGAUUUGUAGCCUUUCUUUUACAGGACUAUGUUUAUGAUUACGAUUUUUGUGAUUGGAAAGAA